AUGACAACCGCUGCCGACAUAGAGCGGAAAGCACGCAAAAGCUCCAAGGGGCUGUUUCAGUUCAUUUUCGGUGGAGCUGACGAGGAUGCGCACGACCUAUUUAACCAGGCGGCGAAUCUUUACAAACAACAAAGGCAAUGGAAGGACGCCGCAAGGUGCUAUCUUGAAGCUGCAGCCAAAGGGGAAAAGGAAAAUGAACACAUGUUUGCUGCCAGUAAUCUCGUAGAAGCGGCAAAUGCGAUUCUGAAGAACGACGAACACACGGUAGAGCACAUAGAUCCACUCAUGCGUGCUGCCAGUAUCUACAAUAAACAAGGAAGGUUUGCACAGAGCGGGCGUAUAAUGAAAAUCGCCGCCGAAGAAUUCGAAGCAAAGGCGGACCACUUAAAUGCUAUAGACUUCUACCAGAAGGCUGCAGAAUUCUACGAACUGGACGAAUUUGGAAAGGUUGCAGGAUCUCAAGCCCGUUUGAAGUACGCAGAACUGGCAUCUCAGUAUGCAGAAAAAUAUACCGAUGCCAUCAGGGUAGGCGGCGCAACAUGA